CCUUUGCAAAUGUCCUUAAAGUCGUUUAGUCGGUCGUGUUAGCUGUUCGUUGCGCUUCCGCGUAUUGCUCGCCUCCCUCCAAACAAAUCCGCGGUAUUAUUUUUAUAUGUAUCUAAUACUGAAUCUAUAAGAAGACAGUCGAAGAAGAAGAAGAAUAUACCAUACAUCUACUUUUAUUUAUUUAUUUUGCAAAGCGAUCCGUGAGUUCAAAGUCAACUGGGAAGAAACAACUUCCUUAAAGGAAGUACGAUUGGAUUAAAUAAAGGGCACGAAGUAUUUUUUUUCUAGGGCCUCUGCGGUGGCCUGAAAUCGUUUCCUUUCGUUCCUCCUUUCGGAGGUGGGGGGGAUUGUGUCAGUGUCCCCAGAUACAACCCCAAUAUUUUGCAAAUAUUUCUUUAUGACUCACCUACCAGGCUUGCCAGCGUGGCGUAAACUCUUCUUUCGUUUUAAAAACGAGGGAGAGGCGGCCCAGCGCCUUUAAAAUACGAUGGGUUUCCGUGUGGAUUAUCCCUCGCCGAUAUGGCUAGGGAUGAUGGGUGCCGUAGUGCAAAAUAUCUGGAGGGCAGCGAGCUGGGAGAGGCUGGUGCCCAUAGAGAAUGCUGAAAUAGCCGUGAAAACCUGUGCGUUAAUUUACACGUGGAGAAAUCACGCACCCAAGUUUCUAGUCCUCAUGGCUGGCGAGGAGGCGCCUGGAACGUUAAUGCUGUUUGCCUCCCUAGCUGUACCCCCUUUGCAGAGAGGGAGGGUGCCCGUUGCUACAGCUUGCAAUUCUCCUUCCUGACCUCCCGCCUCGCCAGAACCGCCUUGCAACCACCAAGGCUGCGAGGUUGGCCUUUCUGUGGUUCAGGCCACGCUUCGACCCAGAGAUGGAGUUUCCCCAAAGGAUCCAAACCGCUGCGAGGAAAGAGAACAUACCCCCGGCUUUAAGUUGCUACGUGACCCCAAGAGAGCAGAGACAUAUCCAGAAAAACGUCAGCGUUAAUCUCUUCCCAGCCGCGGGAAGCCGUAUCCGAGCGUUCUGGCCCCAGACCGGCUCCGACGUCCGUGGGUCAAACCCCACUGGAGAAAACGCUCAAAGCCGCUUACGAGCCGCCCCUGCGAGAAGAGAAGCCUGUGGCCGGUUUCAGACCAAUCUCCUUUGCCCUUCCGGAUCUCGCUGGGGCCCCGCAAAAGACGCUUUGCCCCAGCAGCAAAGCAACCUUGGCUCCAAGCUGCAGAGGAGAAGAUGGGAAGGUGGGACCCUCCAAGCCGGGUUGAAAAGGACCCCCCGAACUGGCUUCCCAGACAGACGCCGUGACGUUCCCAGGGCUACGUCCAGAAUGGAAAACAGAGAUCAGGACUUGCUGAAACGACGGCAUGGGCUUUUCUCUGUGUCGAAAAGAAGCUAUGAGGACCUCAAGGCUAGUAGAGAGUCCUCCUCGCCCACCCAGUCUUCAGUGGUUCCACGUCUAGACUCCCCAAUGAAGAGUUGUCCUCUUCCUAUGACCUUCAGUGGAAUCAGUGACUCCUCCCCUCCAGGUCCGGCCCUUACCUUGGACUGUCUGAACUCUUCUACUUCGGUUGAUGGUCGUUCUUCUCCUGCAGGAUCUCAGACUCUCGUAGGGUCUUCUCAAAGCUCUGCUGAUCUGCAAAGGUCCUUCCAGGGGCUUAAGAAGGAAGCCACUUCAACGGAGGCCGGUGGGUCCUUCCCUUGCGAAUCUCCGUCAUCUUCCCGACUUCAUUGGCUGCCACGCGAGCCACAGAUCUCAACCUUGGCUGUGCGAAAGGUCCUGGAGGCUUCGGUGAAAGGGAGCUGCUGGGGACAAAGGAGAAAUAAAUGGCGAACCACACUGAGGUCCACCUUGUUGGCAUGUCAGGGAGGUUAUUCCAGUUCUUCCAUCUCCUGUUUCAAGAGCAGCUUUGGAAGGCAGCCAGCUACAAGCAAAAAGGCUACGUUGGGUGAAUUAAGGGCCCAGGGCUAUCUGAGGACACUUGACCCAGAAGAACUUCCUUCUGGAGCCUUCUAUGGCUCUGAGAUGUAUCUCAAGGACCUUCCACUGGAUGUCUUCUCCUUCAAGGGUUUGGAGAGCUCCCUUGAGACGUUGUGUGCAGAACCUUCUCUGAACAAAGGGUUGUCCAUGGAAGAAGAAGAGGAAGAGCCACCAACCAUCCAUCCUUCUGGAGACCCAGAGGUCCCAUUAUUUCACCCAUUUGGUAAGGGCAUUGGAGACCUUGAAGCUGGGGAGGACCAUGGGAAAGCUGGUGGAGUCCCCAUCACCCUAUCCUCCUUUGAUGAGGUCGGACUGUUUACAGCCCGUCAGAAGGUCAACCCCUUUGGGGAAGCCAUCCGGAAGGGCCCCAGAAAAUGUUUCCAGCCCGCCAACAGCACUGACCAGCCGGAUAUGAAUCUUACCGGGAGAAGGGAGAAUGUGAGUUUGGCUGGUCAGAGGAAUCAAAGUCAAGUCCCUUCUGCAGGAAGGGCCAGCGAUGGGGUUGACCCUGCAGCCUGUCAAGCGGGAGAUGACGGGACGGCUCUCAUGGAAGAGAACCUGGAAGAUGACGUCAAGUCAGUGGAAAGGAGAGACGGGAGCCACCCCCUGCUGGCAAAAUGUUUCGUGGCCUGGCACAGCCACAUCUUUGGGAAGAGAGACGCCGCUCAGGCCUUACACGAGCACCAUCUCUUGCACAAGGGUGUUGGUGCCUUGCAAUGGGCAGUGCAACUCAGGAGCGUGCAAAGAGAAGCCGCACAAAAACAUCACACCUUGGGGGUCCUUGCUGGCAGUUUCUGGAGGUGGCAGGACGCUGCAGCGAAGCAGCGAGGGAGGCCUGGUUCGGAGGAGUCUGGAGCCCUGACUGGUGGGAAAGCCGGCCUUCUGGGAAGAAAGUGUGCAAAAAAACCACCUGCCUUGCACCAACCGUCUCCUGGGUGUCUCCAGUUCUGCAGGGCCGAACGUCUUCGGUGGGCGCAGCUGCGUGGCAGGGAGGAAGGAAGGGAGCUGAGCCAGGAGAAGGAAGAAGUUCAGGAUUGGCAGCGGCGGCUGGCUGCGGCUGGCAGGCCGUGGCACCUUCAGGAAGAGACAUUGGCAGAAGAGGGGGCUCCCCUCCCAGCGGUUUGUGUCCUGCUGGAAAAGAAGACGUUGGGAGAGGCUUUCAGGCGGUGGCGUUCCCACGGCCCGGAAAACCAGCAGAUUCGGCUGCUGGCAUCCCGGAUCCAGGGCAGGCUGAUUGGGCGAUGCUUGAACGGGUGGAAGAGAGUGGUCCAGCGCCAGCGGCAAAGCGAGGUGGGUCUGGCGCGCCGGCGGGCCAAAUCCCUGAGGGCAUGUUUCCAGCAGUGGUCCCUAAUGGUGCAAGCCAGGGAAAAGGCUAAGGGGACGUUGGCCGCGCUGCUGGCCGGGAAACGGCGGAGCUCCUGCGGUGAGUCGCCCAACAACGUCUCGGACCUUUCCCCCCUUCUCCCUUUCCCGGGGCGACUUGCGGAGGAAGCCCGGCCAAGCUGUUCAUCUCCAAAUGCUCCAGGGGCCCCGAGGGGCCCAGCUGGAGCAAGGUGGCCCCAAAGGAACGGAGAAGCCACGUUGGAGUACCUUUUCCACCUGAGGGCGUUGCAGGGAGCAUUUCGGACUUGGAAGGCGAGAUGCUGGGAAGCCCGGCGGGCUGGCGCUUUCUGUCGAGGGUUGGCCCUGCGGCAGCUGCGGGAGGCUCUGCAAAGGUGGCGCUGGAGGGGUCUGAAUCCUCCUGGGCUCGCUGAGGGCUCUCUCCUUGCGUCGCCGGGUUCUCGAGAGUCUUCCUUCUCCUCUGGCUUGGCCAGCGCCAGCAGCUCGCGGGAAAAGGAGAUCCAACUGGUAGAGCCCAGCCUCAUCAGCCUGUCUUCCCUGGUGACUGUCGAAGACCCCAGCGUCCUCCUCCCUCCCGGCCCUCGCUGCCCGAGAUGCGACUCCAACCAUGAAAAUCCUACCCACGUUGCCGACCAGUUCCCGGCCCAGGGCUCUCCUCUUCGGCUUAACUGGCGGGCAGCGAGCAAGUGUGGGAGGCUGUGGAGACACCGAGUCCGGCUGCACCGGUUCCAGGAGGCCCGGGACGCGCGGCAGCUGGCGAAGGCCUGGCAGCUUUGGAAAGGCGCCUGCAGAACCAAGCGGGUGGUGCAAGCGUUGAGUUGGCAGAGACGGGCGCAAUGGGGCUGGAAGAUAUGGAGGCGGCGUCGCCUACAGCUUCAGGUGGCCCGGCGUUUCCAGGAGGCUGAAGAGGAACAGUUGCUCAAAACAGCGUUUGGAAAGUGGUGUCGGCUGGCGGCCGCCUCCUGUGCCCAGAUUGAGUAAAUGCCGGUCUGGAUCUCCCCUGCCACCGCUUUUUUUAACCUGCCGCGGGACAGGCAGGCGCGAAAAAACUGGACUUUGCACUCCGUUGGCACCGAUUUGUAUCCGGUGGCCACAUUUUGGAAGGGGGGAAGCGGCCGAAGAAUUGAGCCACGGCCAGGACAAACUGGGCUUGCUUGUUUUCAGAUGAUCAUUAAAAUUCAAGCCCCUU